AAAAAAAGAAACAUGGCAAUAAAUGAGGGGAGGAAAGGAGGCAGAGAGUAAAGCGGGUGUAAGUCUAAAAGACAUGAAGUCAAAUUUCAGGCAGUUCCAUGUGCUCACAUGGUUGACGAACUCUGAGUGAUAGAGAGAGAGUGGGAGAAAAAAAAAAGAGGAGAGAGAAAACCAUCAAAACAACAACCCAACUGAGCAAAGCAAACCCAAUUCAAUUCAAUUAUUUACACCCUCUCAUUUCAUCAUUUUCAUUCAAUUAAAUUCUAUCCUAGGCACAUAAAAGAAGCUUCAAAAACUCAAACCCAUAAAUACCCAGAAACUAAAUCACUAAAAAGAUUCAAACUUUCAAGUGUUUAGUAACACAAAUUUCAAUUUUUUCAAUCACCCUUUUGUUUUCCCUCUUUUUGAGUUUGAAUUGUAAAAAAAAAAUAAAAAGAGGAGAGAGAAAAUCAGAAGAAGAUGAAGGAGGGGGGAGAUGGUGGGUUUGUAAGAGCAGAUCAAAUUGAUCUGAAAAGUUUAGAUGAACAGCUUGAAAGGCAUCUUAGCAGAGCUUUAACAAUGGAAAAAAGCAAGAAAAAAGAUGAAUUAGAUGAUAAUCAAAGUAGUAGUAAUGUUCGACAUGAGUGGGAGAUCGACGCUUCUAAGCUCAUCAUCAAAGCUGUCAUUGCACGUGGCACUUUUGGAACCGUUCAUCGUGGGAUUUACGACACUCUUGAUGUCGCCGUUAAAUUGCUUGACUGGGGUGAAGAAGGCCAGAGAACAGCAGCUGAAAUAUCUUCGCUGAGGGCAGCCUUUACGCAGGAAGUUGCAGUGUGGCACAAGCUUAACCAUCCGAAUGUGACUAAGUUUAUUGGGGCAAAGAUGGGCGCAUCAGGGCUACAAAUACAAACAGAAAGUGGUCUAAUUAGUAUGCCAAGUAAUAUCUGUUGUGUUGUUGUGGAAUAUCUUCCUGGGGGUGCCCUGAAAAAUUAUCUCAUAAAGAACCGAAGAAAGAAGUUAGCUUUCAAGGUUGUCCACCAGUUGGCGCUUGAUCUUGCUAGAGGGUUAAGCUACCUCCAUGCUCAGAAGAUUGUUCAUAGAGAUGUGAAGACUGAGAACAUGCUACUAGACAAAUCAAGGACUCUGAAAAUAGCAGAUUUUGGUGUUGCCCGUGUUGAGGCUUCAAAUCCUAGUGAUAUGACUGGAGAGACAGGAACGCUCGGUUAUAUGGCUCCUGAGGUAUUAAACGGGGAUCCAUAUAAUAGGAAGUGUGAUGUGUACAGUUUUGGCAUUUGUUUGUGGGAAAUAUAUUGCUGCGACAUGCCAUAUCCCGACCUCAGUUUUUCAGAGGUGACUUCUGCUGUGGUUCGCCAGAAUCUAAGGCCAGAAAUACCAAGAUGUUGCCCAAGUUCAUUAGCUAAUGUAAUGAAGAAAUGCUGGGAUGCUAAUCCCGACAGACGCCCCGAAAUGGAUGAGGUAGUUUCAUUGUUGGAGGCGAUUGACACAUCGAAAGGAGGAGGAAUGAUCCCUGUUGAUCAGCAGCAAAGUUGUUUCUGUUUCCAAAGACGUCGAGGACCUUAAUUGGCUUUUCCAACAUUUUCGAUCCCAGAGAUGAAUUAUAGUAUGGAUUUCCUAUUGGGUUAUUAUUGCUUUGGCUUUUGCGAGAGAUACCAUCCAAUUUGUAAUUAUGGUCAAAAGUAAAGGUAGUAAUUUGAGUAUUUACAGAGGGGAAACAACAUUAUAGUUAUUGGUUGUUCCAAGUUGAAGUCUGCAAUAGUUGUGGCCGGACUGUAAAUCUAUUGCCCCUGUUUCAAUUA